CCUGGAAGCAAAAUUGCGCUCUAUAUCGAUACCUCACAGCCUAGAAACCAACUGCAAGCCUCAAACCCUCUUCGAGCAGCUGCCAGCAGACCCCAGGACCUCGCAUCCCGUUAGAGACAUCUCACAUACGCAUCUGCCAACAUCCGGUCCUAUCGAAGUGUCAGCGACGGUACCUCCAAGAACACAAUUUCAAGGUUGGUUGUUUUUAUUGUUUUGAACAAGCAGCGUGCUAAUACAUCUAUAAUAUGCUAGAAUAUUCCUACCCACCACAAACCCAGACUUGAAAACGGAGAGCUGUCGAGGCCGGUGCCGAGAGACCUUUAAAACGUGCCCAUCUGACGAAGGAAAACUUGGAAACGUUCGAAAAAAUGGGAGGGCGACAAAGGAAAUCUGCUGGGAAGAAGUCUACUGGACAAUCGUCUACAACCACAACCAACGACAAGGAUUUCGGCACAAAACUCCAACAAAAUAACAUCAUUUAUACUGCCUUCGACGCACGAGCUGCAGAUGAUGCCGUCAAAAUCAGAGAAUUGUUAGAUCAACCACGGGCAUCCGAGCCACCUAAUCAAUUAGCCUACAACAGGUAUUUGGUACUCACUGAGGAUUACGAAAACGAACUUGCAGUAGAGAUUUCCGCUUACCCACUCCUUUCAAAACGGACGGCCGAGCGGGAAGUCUCAGGCUACUUCCAAAAACCCAUUCCACUCGAGCCACAGCAGCUGUCGGUACCGACUGUUACAGAACCUAGGGAAGAUGUUGACUUUAAUGCGCGUGCUCAUAGGAAGACUCGGGCCCGAAUACGCCACGCUGUUGCUGUUGCUGUUGAGGGGCCGAGGGAAGUUGUUGAUAACUCCAAGUCGCGAAAGACUUGGAAGCGAAAUUCUCGUUGGCGCUUGUGGUUGGGGAAAUUUUUUCCCGCGCUGGACAAGGACCAAGACUCUGAGAGGAGGAGAUAUGAGCACCUGCAGAACCGGGGCCAAGGACACCCCAACAUCCUCAAAUACUUUGGUAGAAGCCCUCCAGAAUGCGAGCUAUUGCGCAGUGGGCUCUUAUUAGAGUACCACCUUCGUGGAACUCAUUCGGCUUGUUUUGGUAAGCUGGAUGCCAUUGGCGUUCCUGAGACAGAGCGACGCUGCUGGCCCUAUCAAGCCGUAUCGGCGGUCGACUACAUCCAUUCCCGGGGCGUUGUGCAUGGUGAUAUCGGGGUUCAUAAUUUCCUCGUCCAUGACGACGGCAGGCUGAUCUUAUGCGACUUCGCCAGGUCCAUUCUAUACGAGCUCGACCGUGGGAAACGGCUCUUCGAGGGUCAGAGCAGCCGGGACAUCUAUCGACAUUUGCGCGACCGGGAGUUUCCUGACUUAUCGAUGGUAGCGCUGCCGCUGAGAUGUAUCGUCAAGAAAUGUUGGAAACUUCCGGGAUACAAAGCUAGGGACGCACUGGCAGAGCUGGGUCUCGUUCGGAGCGCUGGAGAGAGCGGGGAACAAGGGCAAUCACUUAUUCGACGUCGAUGGGGCAGUGUUGCAAUACAUGAGGUUGAAGGUCGCUCAGUCACUGCACUCUGGCUAUCGUGUGCAAAGAUCUCGGACAAAUCGGAUAUUGAUGGAGCCCUUCGAUAG